ACAACAAGGAAGCCAGUGCUGGAAUCUCUGCUCUCCAGCAGGCGGGAGGGAAAGCGGCUCGCCCCGAGUCAGGUUGGUAAUAAUGGAAGAAGGUAGCUUGGGCCCCAUGCAGCAGAGGGCUACUGAACUGGAACACAUGGCCGAGGUCCUGCUUACAGGGGAGCAGUUACGGCUCAGACUGCAUGAAGAAAAGAUAAUUAAAGAUCGAAGGCAUCACCUGAAGACCUAUCCAAACUGCUUUGUUGCCAAAGAACUGAUUGACUGGCUGAUUGAUCACAAGGAGGCCUCAGACAGAGAGACUGCGAUUAAACUCGUUCAGAAAUUGCUGGAUCGUAGCAUUAUUCACCAUGUUUGUGAUGAGCAUAAGGAAUUCAAGGAUCUCAAACUUUUCUACCGCUUCAGGAAAGAUGAUGGAACGUUCCCACUUGACAAUGAAGUGAAGGCGUUCAUGAGAGGACAGAGAAUAUAUGAAAAGCUGAUGAAUACUGAAAAUGCGCUUUUACAAGCCAGGGAAGAGGAAGGAAUAAAAUAUGAGCGUACUUUCAUGGCCUCUCAGAUGAUUGAUUGGUUGAUCCAGGAAGGAGAGGCCACCACCAGGUCUGAAGCUGAACAACUUGGUCGUAGACUGCUGGAGCAUGGAAUUAUACAGCAUGUAUCCAACAAACACCAUUUUAUGGACGGCUACACGCUCUUCCAGUUCCGAAUGAACUUCCGCCGGAGGCGGCGGCUGAUGGAGCUAUUGACUGAGAAGUCUCCUUCGACGCCAGAGAGUCAUGACAGCCCUUUUUGCCUCCGCAAGCAGAACCACGACAAUAAAAAACACUCCAGUUUCCUCUCAGUGAGCCCUACCAAGGAGAUAAAGAUUAUCUCGGCCGUGAGACGGAGCAGCAUGAGCAGCUGUGGCAGCAGUGGGUAUUUCAGCAGCAGCCCAACCAUCAGCAACAGCCCUCCGGUGCUGUGCAACCCCAAAUCUGUAUUAAAGAGAUCAGUAACUGCUGAUGAACUUCUGAUGCCCGGGGCUCCCUAUGCCAGGAAAACCUUCACAAUUGUAGGUGAUGCUGUCGGGUGGGGAUUUGUGGUGCGUGGGAGCAAGCCUUGCCACAUUCAAGCUGUGGAUCCCAGUGGCCCAGCAGCUGCAGCAGGAAUGAAGGUCUGCCAGUUUGUGAUUUCAGUGAAUGGGCUCAACGUACUCCACGUAGACUACAGGACAGUGAGCGAUCUCAUCCUGACUGGCCCUCGAACCAUCGUCAUGGAAGUGAUGGAGGAAAUAGAGCUCUAAGAAGGACACUUGGCAUACCAGUCCUGUCAUGUGCUCGGCCGCUGUGCAAAUAGGAGCCAAGUCAUAAAGGGGAUAAGAACAUCCCUGGAACUAUGAAAAUGUUUUUGCCUUCUAAGGGCUUUCCUGCCCCUCUUUAACAAUAAUCGGUACUUUGAUUGGUAUGCUCUAAAACUGU